AUGUCAAGUUUGAGGUCUCAUAAACUUGUUUUAUUUUUUGCAAUAUCUUGUCUUCUUCUUCAGGAGAAAUGCACCGAUGCUAGCGAGUGCAGACAGAGUGAGAGAAAAGCUCUACUUGAAUUUAAGCACAGCCUUCAAGCUAUGAAUUCAUCAGGCAACGACGCCCUUUCUUCAUGGAAAAGUGAGGAGUGCUGUCUUUGGCUGGGCGUUAAUUGCAACCGCCUUACAGGAUAUGUUGAAAUGCUCGGUUUUAGUGACCGAUUAUGGGUUGUAGCAGGUACAAUUAGCCCUUCACUGCUUAAACUACAUCAUUUGACUUCUUUAAAUUUGAACAGUAAUGAUUUUAAUGGAAGUCUCAUCCCAGAGUUUUUUGGUUCCUUGAAAAAAUUGAAAUUACUGGAUCUCUCUAAUGCUAAUUUUAGAGGUCCAAUUCCUUCUCUACUUGGAAAUCUUUCAAUGUUGGAAACUCUUAGAUUGGGUGGUAACGGUGGAGACGUGACGUAUCGCCAUAAUUUAAAAAAAAUCUUCAGUGUUGGAAAACUUGAGUGGCUUUCCCAUCUUUCUCGUUUGAAAGAGGUUGAUCUGAGUUUCACUAACCUGAGCAAUGCCAAUGAUUGGUCUCAAGUCAUUAGCCACCUCCCUUUGCUUCAAAAUCUAAGUCUAAGACAUUGUGAUCUUCCAAGCAUAUCUUCUUCAUCACUUUCCCUUGCCAACUCUUCUACAUCUCUCACCUAUCUCGAUCUCUCUGAUAAUAAUCUCCCUUCUUCUGCCAUAUAUCCAUGGUUGUUUAAUGUUAGCAGCAACCUUGUUUCACUUGACCUCUUGUGA